CUGUAACGCACGUUAGGUGAGGACCAACGCGCUUAAAUACUCCCUCCGGUUCGCUCCUUUCUUCAUCGUAACAAACAACCAUUCUCUUUUCUGUUCUCAGCGUUUUCUUCUCUUUUCGUGAAACUGCAACACUCUCUCCUUUUUCUCCAUUCUCAGAACCUCUUCUUUUCCAGCCUGGGAGAAAUUAAGGAGUUGAGUUCGACCUAUGAUCUUUAGGCCUAAUCUAAUUGCUUUUGGAGGGAAGACCUAACCAACUCUAAAAGGAACUCAUCAGUCGAUAAAUUUCUAACUCAAAAGCAUUGACAAGAAAAGAGUUGAUUGAAGUGGUGGAAGUCUUAUAGACAUUGGUUCAUUUUGUUCUGAAUACUCCUCAAAAGGUCUUACAUUGUUGCUGCUCUGUGAAAAUUGUGCAUAGACCUGGAUCCAAUGGAGCUGAAGCCAAAUCUUACUCCAGUCCUUACUGAUGCCGCACCCUUGACAAGGUCAAGGCUGGGUGUGUCUUCUGGUUUGUCACCUUACUCUUCUCCAAAAGGGGCAACCUUUCCCCAUCAUGGUCCCUUUCUGUCUAUUCCAAGGAAGAAGACAGGAAUUCUUGAUGAUUUUCGUUCUAGCGGUUGGCUUGAUGCCAUGAAAUGUUCUUCUCCUACUCGCAAUAAAGUAUCCAAGGAUCUCAAUCAUGGAAUUGGAUCACAUGAUGCUGCUUAUAGUACCUGGCUGCUAAAGUUUCCAUCAGCACUUGCAUCUUUUGAUCAAAUUACUAACUGUGCAAAAGGGAAGAAAAUAGCAUUAUUUCUUGAUUAUGAUGGGACUCUUUCACCCAUUGUGGACAAUCCUGACUGUGCGUUUAUGUCAGAUAAUAUGCGUGCUGCUGUUAAAAAAGUCGCGGAAUAUUUUCCAACUGCAAUAAUCAGUGGAAGAAGACGUGACAAGGUAUAUGAAUUUGUUGGAUUAAGUGACCUCUAUUAUGCUGGUAGUCAUGGGAUGGACAUUAUUGGUCCUCCCAGACAAUCUAUUUCUGAUGAUCACCCUGAUUCUGAUAAGAAGGGUCUUGGUGAACUUAAUUUAUUCCAACCUGCUGCUGAAUUCCUUCCCAUGAUUGAUGAGGUACGUAGGUUGCUCAAGGAGUGUACAAAAGACAUUGAAGGAGCAACAGUUGAGAACAAUAAAUUUUGUGCAUCUGUACAUUACCGGAAUGUAGAUGAGGAGAAUUGGCAUAUUGUGGGACAACGUGUAUAUGAUGUUUUGAAGGGGUAUCCUCGUUUGCGUUUAACUCAUGGGCGGAUGGUUUUAGAGGUUCGGCCAGUGAUUGACUGGGAUAAGGGAAAAGCUGUCACAUUUUUACUUGAGUCACUUGGACUCGGCAAUCGCGAUGACGUGCUAACAAUAUAUGUUGGAGAUGAUAGAACAGACGAAGAUGCCUUUAAGGUUUUGAGAGAAGCUAAUAAAGGUUGUGGCAUCUUAGUGUCCCCUUCCCCAAAAGAAAGCAACGCAGUUUACUCUCUUCGUGAUCCCUCAGAGGUCAUGGAAUUUCUGACAUCACUUGCUGUAUGGAAAUCAAGCAUUCAAGCUCGCUGAAAAGCCUUACAAAGUGUAUAGAGGAGAACAUACUCCGCUAUGCUAUAUAUAUUAGAGACAGUCUUUUUGUUUCGAUUUUGGGUUUGUUAGAAAACUUUCCAAGAGGUCUGCUAGAACAUAUUUGAGCUCAGAAGACCUCUGACCACAGCAACAACAUUGUCAACCAAGUUGUUUUAUUCAAAGCUUGUGUAGUAGCUGUAAAUCCCUGGCUGAGAAAUAUAAUAUAUAUAUUUUGGAAGAUCAAGGAGAAUCUGCUCAGAGGGCUUGCUUUUUUGUUCCCCCUUAAAGUUUUUAUUGUAUUUAUUUCAUAUUCUUUCUUCAAAUUUGGUUAUGGUCCCUAACCAUUCAUUGGGGAUUCAAUAUGAAAUUGUUCUGUUCUUUUUCUGUUGUUGAGAGAAUUAUCAUAAGUUAAUUUUUUUAACAUGUAGAUUGGAUAUCA